GCCAUGGUGAGAGGACAGUGGGGUCUGCUGGCGGCCUGUAAUUGUUCUGCCCAGUUUGACUACUUCGGAAAGCUUUGUCUUGCUUUUGACACUUAGGUGCUCGAACCAGGACACAAUGUUAAAAUGAACUGUGCAGAUCACUUGUUGCUGUGAAGCCAUGGGGAUGAAGUGUACUGCUGCGUGCCUCGUGGCACUGGCCUUGCUCGGCAGCUUCUGUGAUGCUCAAUGGGGAGGUUACAAGCCCUCAAAACCUGCAUACCGGAACCCAGGGCUACCUCAGAGACCGGACCCCGUCAAAACUCCGCCGGCCCAACAGGAAAAGCAGACAUAUGAGGAACCUCUCGUCUGGAGGUACCCUACUGAUCCCCAGCCUGAGCCCCCAGUCGAUGUGCCUUUCGAGCUGAGACACCCUGUUCCUACUGCAACCGUCGCUGUCGAGUGCAGAGAGAGGGAUGCUCAUUUGGAAGUCAAGAAGGACAUGCUUGGGAAAGGCCAGUUCAUCAAUCCUAAUGACCUUACUCUGGGAAACUGUGGCGCUGUCGCAGAGGACACCGGCGCUCAAGUGUUGAUUUUUGAGACGGAACUGCACGGCUGUCUCAGUGAAUUAACGAUGACAGAAGAUGCCCUCAUCUACGCCUUCACUCUGAACUAUAAUCCAGGGCCUAUUGGCAUGGGUCUUGUGGUGAGGAGCAGCAAAGCUGCUGUAAUUGUGGAAUGCCACUACCCAAGGAAGCACAAUGUGAGCAGCCUUCCUCUUGACCCCCUGUGGAUCCCAUUCUCUGCGGUUAAGGUGUCCGAGGAAUUCUUAUACUUCACCAUGAAACUCAUGACUGAUGACUGGCAGUACGAGAGGCCAAGCUACCAGUAUUUCCUGGGAGACUUCAUAAAUAUUGAAGCUGUCGUCAAGCAAUACUUCCACGUGCCCCUCGCGAUUUAUGUGGACAACUGCGUAGCUACUCUUUCACCUGAACUGUCCUCCAACCCUCGAUAUGCCUUUAUUGAUAACUAUGGGUGUUUGCUUGAUGCUAAGCUCACAGGCUCUGAAUCUAAGUUCAUGGCUCGCACUGCACACAACAAGCUUCAGUUCCAGUUGGAGGCCUUCAAGUUCCAGGGCGCCGACAGUGGAACGCUCUACAUAACCUGCCACUUGAAAGCAACAUCUGCUGCCCUUGCCUGCGACGGUGAACAUAGAGCUUGUUCCUACAUCAAUGGGUGGGAGGAGGCCACCGGGGCUCAUGCAGCCUGUGCCUCCUGUGAAUCUGCUAAUACUGGGAAUGGACUUGGCUCUUUAUCUGGUGGAACUGGGACUGGUACCUGGGGUGGCACCUCUCUGUCUAACCCGGGAAGGAAGGCCCGCGAUGUGUCCGAAAAUGAGAGUUUCGAAUGGGAAGGUGACGUCACCCUGGGUCCCAUCCCCGUUGGAGAGAGGCCGGUUGCUUAACUCAGUUUCCUGCCAUGGCCAUCAAAAUAAACCGUCUCAUUGGUUCAUAACUGUCUGUAUGUUGUUCACUUGCUUCUUGUUAAUAGUUCAGUUAAAAAACAAGGAAAGUAACCACAUUUACUCCAUUAAAUGUAAUCAACAUUUGACAUAUCAAACACAUAAUAAAAGUGUAAGACCCAGAAGAAGAUGAAAGUGUAAAUUGCUUCACCAUUGCCCUCUGUGUAAGGCUAAAUAUUAGGCUACAUGUGGACCACAUCUGCUAGUUCAUACAAUCUUUCCAUUUGAUGGAAAUAAAAAUGCAAUUGCGUGAGA